AGCCAAAAAGUGAUAGAAAGAUUAUAAAUCAGAAAUAUCUGGAUAAAUUUAAUAAAUUUGGGUAACUUUCAUAAUUAAGAAAAGGGAGGGAGUAUUUGAAAUGGAAUUGACAAACAAAAUGAAAAUUCGAAAUGGAAAUAAAAGAGAGAAAUGUAAGUAGCUUCAGCUUUAAGACGGAGAGGCAUGCAAAGAAAGGUCAUGAUGCUGUCUCUGUUUCCCUACGCAGACCUCUCUCCCACGCCCUUUGGUAUUAUUAUACGAGCUUCUAUAAGUUCUCACCAUUCCCCCAUCGCGGCUUUGUUAUUAACCUCCGUUCAGUACUUUUAUUACACUUACGCCACUCUCCUACUUUCCUCCUAACAACUAGUGAUUGGUCGUGUAAUGAAUUUGACAACAAAUACAUUUGUCUAUAGACUAUAGUUUACUGUUACUUACUGUAUGUGUUUUUAGCCAGUUCUUGUAAACCAUUUGAUUGUGUUGGGCUAUGAGAUGUACCUAGAUAUGAACACGUCCGAAACCGAAAAAUCGAACUGUAUGGAACCGAAUAAUCAAACCGUACCAUAUCAAAAUAACCGAAUUUCAUAAAUAAUCGCAUAUAUUUUAUCCAGAAACCUAAAUAACCGAAACAAGCCAAACCAAAUAUUGUAAAUAACUGAACGGUUCAUAAAUAUCCAGAACAGAAAAAAUCGAAAAACAAUAUACUUGAAACCGAAUCGAAAACCAAACCGUCAAAGCUUGGUUGUAGCAAUAAGAAACAAUCAGAAAACUAAAAAAAAAGGAUGCCAACGAAAAAAGUUAAUUCACAAACGCAACACACCACUAUCAAAUCAUUAUUUACAUAAAAAUAAAAAAUAACAAUUAAAUAUCGAAAAAGCUAAAAAAAAAUUCAAAGUUGUCAUGAAUAAGCAGAGGAAAAAAAUAAAAACAGAGCAAACAGUAGUCGGUGGUAGCUCCAUGAUUCCUUCUCUACAUACUUUCUACGUCUCUCUCUUUCUUUCCUCCUUUGAUUAAAAUUUUUCCGAUGAGAGCACCUCGGAGAUGGAGAAUAUGGGUUUGAGAACUGAUUUUCGAGUUUCUAACGGCUGAGUCAACUCGGUGAUUGAUUCUUUCUUCGGUGUUUGCAAAAGUGGAAAGAUCUUCUUUUUAUUCUUCUUCGGUGUUUGGUCUUUAAAACUAGUAGAAAGGAGUAGUCUUGUCUUGUACCCUUUAGAGAUCACAUGAGAUGGAUGAGCAUUAAGUGAGUAUCUUUAGGUUUUUAGAUUUGGUAGUGGAACUUCUUCUUCAAGCUUGUGCUUGAUGGCGAUGUCUUACAAGGAUGGGAAGAUGGGAUGCAUGGACAAUGGGAAGUAUGUGAGGUACACACCUGAGCAAGUUGAAGCACUUGAGAGGCUUUACCAUGACUGUCCUAAACCGAGCUCUAUUCGCCGUCAGCAGUUGAUCAGAGAGUGUCCUAUUCUCUCCAACAUUGAGCCUAAACAGAUCAAAGUAUGGUUUCAGAACCGAAGAUGCAGAGAGAAGCAAAGGAAAGAGGCUUCACGGCUUCAAGCUGUGAAUAGGAAGCUGACGGCGAUGAACAAGCUGUUGAUGGAGGAGAAUGAUAGGUUGCAGAAGCAAGUGUCACAGCUGGUUCAUGAAAACAGCUACUUCCGUCAACACACUCCCAAUCCAACCCUUCCAGCUAAAGACACAAGCUGUGAAUCGGUGGUGACGAGUGGUCAGCACCAAUUAGCAUCACAGAAUCCUCCAAGAGAUGCUAGUCCUGCAGGACUUUUGUCCAUUGCAGAAGAAACUUUAGCAGAGUUUAUUUCAAAGGCAACUGGAACCGCUGUUGAGUGGGUUCAGAUGCCUGGAAUGAAGCCUGGUCCGGAUUCCAUUGGAAUCAUUGCUAUUUCUCACGGUUGCGCUGGUGUGGCAGCGCGCGCCUGUGGCCUAGUGGGUCUUGAGCCUACAAGGGUCGCAGAGAUCGUCAAGGAUCGGCCUUCGUGGUUCCGCGAAUGCCGAGCUGUUGAUGUUAUGAACGUGUUGCCAACAGCCAAUGGUGGAACCAUUGAGCUGCUUUAUAUGCAGCUCUAUGCGCCAACUACGUUGGCUCCACCGCGCGACUUCUGGCUGUUGCGUUAUACAUCUGUUUUAGAAGAUGGAAGCCUUGUGGUGUGCGAGAGGUCUCUUAAGUGCGGUCCUAGUAUGCCACCGGUUCAACAUUUUGUUAGAGCAGAGAUGCUUCCCAGUGGGUACUUGAUACGUCCUUGUGAUGGUGGUGGCUCCAUUAUACACAUUGUGGAUCAUAUGGAUUUGGAGGCUUGUAGUGUGCCUGAGGUCUUGCGCCCUCUCUACGAGUCACCCAAAGUACUUGCACAGAAGACUACAAUGGCAGCGCUGCGCCAACUCAAACAAAUAGCUCAAGAGAGUUCUCAGACUAACAGUAGUGUCAAUGGCUGGGGACGGCGUCCUGCUGCCUUGCGAGCUUUAAGUCAAAGGCUAAGCAGAGGAUUCAAUGAGGCUGUUAAUGGUUUCACCGAUGAAGGAUGGUCGGUGAUAGGAGAUAGCAUGGAUGAUGUUACAAUCACUGUGAACUCUUCUCCAGACAAGCUGAUGGGUUUGAACCUUACGUUUUCCAAUGGCUUUGCUCCUGUUAGCAAUGUGGUUUUAUGCGCAAAAGCCUCCAUGCUUUUACAGAAUGUUCCUCCGGCGAUCCUACUUAGGUUUCUGAGGGAGCACAGAUCAGAAUGGGCUGACAACAACAUUGAUGCAUAUCUGGCAGCAGCUGUUAAAGUGGGGCCUUGUAGUGCCAGAGUUGGAGGAUUCGGAGGCCAGGUUAUACUUCCACUUGCUCAUACUAUUGAGCAUGAAGAGUUUAUGGAAGUCAUCAAGUUGGAAGGUCUUGGCCAGUCCCCUGAAGAUGCAAUCGUUCCAAGAGAUAUCUUCCUUCUACAACUUUGUAGCGGCAUGGAUGAAAACGCUCUUGGAACGUGUGCUGAACUUAUAUUUGCACCCAUUGAUGCUUCUUUUGCUGAUGAUGCACCUCUGCUUCCUUCUGGUUUUCGCAUUAUCCCUCUUGAUUCCACAAAGCAGGAAGCAUCUAGUCCAAACCGAACCUUGGAUCUUGCUUCAGCACUUGAAAUUGGUCCAGCUGGAACAACAAAAGCCUCAACUGAUCAAUCAGGAAACUCCACAUGUGCAAGAUCUGUGAUGACAAUAGCAUUUGAGUUUGGUAUCGAGAGCCAUAUGCAAGAACAUGUAGCAUCCAUGGCUAGGAACUAUGUUCGAGGUAUCAUAGCAUCAGUUCAGAGAGUUGCAUUGGCGCUUUCUCCUUCUCACAUCAGCUCACAAGUCGGUCUACGCACUCCUUUGGGUACUCCUGAAGCCCAAACACUUGCUCGUUGGAUCUGCCAGAGUUACAGGUGCUACAUGGGCGUUGAGCUACUUAACUUGAACAGCGAAGGCAAUGAAUCUAUUCUCAAGAACCUUUGGCAUCAUACGGAUGCUAUCAUCUGCUGCUCAAUGAAGGCCAUGCCUGUCUUCACGUUUGCAAACCAGGCAGGACUUGACAUGCUUGAGACUACAUUGGUUUCUCUUCAAGAUAUCACUCUAGAGAAGAUAUUUGAUGACAGUGGAAGAAAGACUCUGUGCUCUGAGUUCCCACAGAUUAUGCAACAGGGUUUUGGGAGUCUUCAAGGUGGGAUAUGUAUCUCAAGCAUGGGGAGACCAGUUUCAUAUGAGAGAGCUGUUGCUUGGAAAGUACUCAACGAAGAAGAGAAUACUCAUUGUAUCUGCUUUGUGUUCAUCAACUGGUCUUUUGUUUGAGAUUUAUGUGUACUUUUGAAUAAUCUGUUUUCAAUUUCCAGAGGAACCUUUUGCCUCGUGGUUGUUAUUGCAAGACAGGCUAUGUUACUGUUUUUGAUGUUUGUUGGGAAACACAUUAACAGUAUUUUGUUUGAAAACUCAAGACAUACUUUGCUUUUAAAUGAUUAUUUGUGAUGAUGGUGAUCCUUUCCUUUUCUCUGA